AGCGCGGAAGGGGCGUGGCCGCUGGCGGCGGCGCGGCCGGCGGGAGGCAGGUGGCGGCGGCGGCACUGGGCCUGGCGGCUCUAACGGCCUCCCUAAGCAUGCUGUAUCUGGUCGGGCUGGGCUUGGGAGAUGCCAAGGACAUCACAGUGAAGGGGCUGGAGGCGGUGAGGCGGUGCCGCAGGGUGUACCUGGAGGCCUACACGUCCGUCCUCACGGUGGGCAAGGAAGCGCUGGAAGAGUUUUAUGGAAAAGAAUUGAUUUUGGCUGACCGAGAAACGGUGGAACAAGAAGCAGAUAGCAUUUUAAAAGAAGCUGAUGUUUGUGAUGUCGCAUUUCUUGUGGUUGGAGAUCCUUUUGGGGCCACGACACACAGUGAUUUAGUACUACGUGCAGUAAAAUUGGGGAUUCCAUACAAGGUCAUUCAUAAUGCUUCAAUAAUGAAUGCAGUGGGCUGCUGUGGUUUACAGUUGUACAAUUUUGGAGAGACAGUUUCUAUAGUUUUCUGGACAGAUACAUGGAAGCCAGAGAGCUUUUUUGACAAGAUCGAGAAGAACAGGCAGAAUGGAAUGCACACACUGUGCUUACUUGAUAUUAAAGUGAAGGAGCAGUCUCUGGAGAAUCUGAUGAAAGGAAGAAAGAUUUAUGAGCCACCACGCUACAUGAGUGUGAAUCAAGCUGCAGAACAGCUUCUUGCCAUUAUUCAGAACAGGAGGCUCCAAGGAGAAGAACCAGAAAUUACUGAAAACACAAUUUGUGUUGGCCUCGCACGUGUGGGUGCUCCGGAUCAGAAGAUUGCUUCAGGCACACUAUAUCAGAUGUCCACAGUGGAAUUAGGCGGUCCACUACAUUCUUUGAUUGUUACAGGCACUAUGCAUCCUCUGGAAUUAGAAAUGCUUAAGCUUUUUUCUGUAGAUAGUUGCAGUUUUGAAAAGAAUGCAUUUCAAAGGACCACUUAAAUAAAAAUGAGGCAUUUAAAUUUUUA